GGCGCCCAUGAGGCUGUGCCGGGGCCUGGGGUUGCGACCGCGGUUGCUGCGCCGGGGGCUUCCGCUGCUAUUCUCGAGGGCGCGGAGCGGCCGUCCGGCGGUGGUAGCUGCUGGGAGAAGCCGGCUGUACGAGCACGCGCGGGGCGGCUGGACGGCGCGCCCGCGGCUGAACUUGGAGGCGCUGAGCGCGCAGCUGGCCGAAGCCGAGCGGGAGCUGGAGAUGCGCAAGGGGCCCCUCGGGCCGCAGGACCUGCGCGAGAUUGUUGCCACUUGGCAGAGAUCAGUCGAGGUGCAAGAAGAAAUUGCAGUACUUGAAGCUGAGAAAGAGAAGGUGGCUGAAGAAGUGGGGAAUAUUGUGAAAAGCCAAGACGGCAGUACUUUGCAGUCGCUCCCUGCCUACAAUGCUUUGCGGAAGCAGGGAAGGGAGCUCCGCCUUCGUCUCAAUGCUUUGCGCCAGGAGGAGCUGGAGCUGGAUGAGAAGUACUACCUGCGUGCCCUCAGGCUGCCCAACAGGACCCAUCCAGAUGUGCCAAUUGGAGAUGAGAGCCAAGCGCGGGUGUUGGAGGUUGUUGGUGAAAAGCCAGCAUUUGACUUCAAGGCGAAAGGGCACCUGGAAAUUGGUGAAGCCCUGGAUAUCAUAAGGCAAAGGCGCCUGUCCCACAUCUCUGGCUACCGGUCGUUCUACCUCCGUGGGGCAGGAGCAAUGCUGCAGCAAGCCUUGGUGCAGUUCACUUUCAACAAGCUGGUAAAAAAGGGCUUUAUUCCCAUGACUGUUCCAGAUCUGCUAAAAGGAGCCGUCUUUGAAGGUUGCGGCAUGCCCCCAGAAGCCAGCUCCUCCCUGCUGUACAACAUAGACCCUUCUCGCUUUGAAGACCUGAGCCUGGCAGGCACGUCUGAAGUCGGCAUUGCAGGAUACUUCAUGGAUCAUGCAGUGAAUCUGAGAGACACCCCCGUCAGGACAGUGUGUGUCAGCACGUGCUACAGGGCGGAAACAGAAACUCGCCAUGAGUCGUGGGGACUGUAUCGAGUGCACCAGUUCACCAAGGUGGAAAUGUUUGGGGUUACUGCCAACGAGACUGGGUUCGAAAGCGAGGUCUUGCUGGACGAAUUCCUGGCCGUGCAGAAAGAGAUCUUCUCUGAGCUGGGACUGCACUACAAGGUCCUGGAUAUGCCCACGCAGGAACUGGGCCUACCUGCAUACAGGAAAUUCGACAUUGAAGCCUGGAUGCCAGGCCGGGACAAGUACGGAGAGAUCUCCAGCGCCUCCAACUGCACAGACUACCAGAGCCGCCGGCUGAACAUCAUGUACUACAACCAGGAAGGCCGCCUGUCUUAUGCGCACACGGUCAACGGCACAGCCUGUGCUGUCCCCCGGAUGCUCAUUGCCCUCCUGGAAUCCAACCAGCGCAAGGAUGGCAGCGUUCGGGUACCAGAGGUCCUACAGCCACUGAUGGGCGCAGAGAUCAUCAGCAAGCCCAGCUAUACUCCGUUGAAAUACAUCGGCCCAAACCAGCCCAAAAGACACUGAACACCCCCCAAAUCCUGGGGUGCCUUGGAAAAUCUGAGAGGAUCAAGAAGUCCAGAGACCCAGAAGAGGAAGGAAGGAUGAGCGCUUGAAUAGUGGGGUGGGUGACUUUGAAUUGGGGGGGCCUGAAAUGCCAGCAAGGUGACCUUUACCCCCAAUUAGGCACUGUGGAGAGAGAACUCACUUCUUCUGGGUAGAGGGGGAUGUGAGCCAUCCUUCUCAAGGUGAUCUUCGUGGACCCAGGGCGCUUCCAGAAAAGGCUGGCUGUGAAGUCCCAACGUGUGACUUGGGACGGGGAUCCCUUUUGCCCUUCCCUGGAGUUCCUGUAAUUUCCCCAUCAGCCAGACUCGAGUUAGCGAAGCCUCUCUGUUCUUAACCUCUGUUGUAUUUCGUUGGUGGGUAUCAGAACAGUCGACGGAGCAGAGAAGACAUUUGCCCAAUAAAAAUUGCUAAUGAAAAUGUCUGUUUGCUUCUAGCAGUGAUGGUUUUGCAUGCUUCUGCCCUGGGGUGUUUCAGGAGGCCGGGCUGUGGAUAACCCAGUGGUUUCCCCAGCAAUUCUCAAGCCAUAAGCUGCCCUGCUUCUGUUUCCCCCAAAGUUGCUGCAGAUAGUUCAAAGGUGGCUCCUGCACAGCCUUCCCCUGUUGAAAUUCCCAGCCAUGAUAUUCCACAUCAGAGAAUCCUAGAACUGGAAGGGACCCUGAGGGUCAUCUAGCCCAACCCCCCACAAUGCAGGAAUCUUUUGACCCAAUGUGGGGCUCGAACUCACAACCCUGAGAUUAAGAGUCUCCUGCUCUACCAACUGAGCUAUCCCAGCUACAGAGAGAAGCAAGGAACCAUAAGGAAACUUCCCUUAUGAGGAAAGGUAGCAGCAUUCGGGACUCCUUAGUUUAGACAAAAAGCAAGAGGUGAUACGAUAGGCACUUAUAAAAUGAUGCAUGGCAUGGAGAAAAAUGGAUAGAAAUAAGUUUUUCUCCCACUUAGAACUCGUAGAACGUGUGGACGCCCUGUGAUGAUUCAGGGCAGAUAGAAUCGUAGAACUGUAGUGUGAGGAGGGACCCUCAAGGGUCAUCUAGUCCAACCCCUUUCAAUGCAGGAAACUGCUAAAGCAUCUCUGACAGAUGCUCUGCUUAAAAACCUCCAAAGGAGGAGAGUCCACCACCUCCGAAGGGAGGCCAGUCCACUGUUGAACAGCUCUUACUGUCAAAAAGUUUUUUUUCUUGACAUUUAGUUAGAAUCUCAUUUCUUGCAACUUAAGAGAGUAUUUCACACAGUGCAAAGUGUGGCUGUAGCUCUUGGGUCUUGGCCUAUGAUAAAGUCCCCUAGGUGAAACUCUGUGUUCGAUGCAUGAAACCAUUGCCCGACUUGGAGAGUUUAAAUAAAUAUUGUCGCUAGGAUGGCGGUGAGAGCGGGCUGAUACAGAGUAGGGGCUCGAAAGGGAGUCACAUGUGUUUAAGAGAGAGAGAGAGAGAGAGAAUCCUUUUGUGAUUUGACCCAACUCCACCCUCCUCCCCAAACACUCUUUAUUGGACUCAGACGCACCUGCCUUGCAGCUGCCAUUUCCCCUCCUCUGCAAAGUGGCCGCAAACCACAAUGGCUCCCUCGGGUGUGGCUUUAAGAAAUUGUCUUCGCACAAAAGCUGAGCCCGCAGGGGAAAAGAAAAGCUGUCAGAGGCAGCAGCUGGAGUUAGGCCUAACCCGGCUUGCUGUGCAAACUCUCUUCCCAUUCCAGAUUCUACAGAGCAAGAAGCGAGGCAACACAUUGAAAGGUGGACCAGCUGCUGUGGACUUUGGACUUGCGGAAGUCACGCCUGGUUAACUUUUUCUCUCAUUUUGUUUUAUUUGUAUGUUAACAAACGUAGCAAAGAGGAAGAAAACAAAGAUUAAAAAAAAUAGAAACUGUCCUGGAAGGACAAAAGUACGAAGAUAAAUACGGCCUAUUAACUCCUAUUUGUGAAAUAUUCCCUUACAAAUAAAAUUA